AUGGCUUACCAGCGUGCAGACCCUGCUCCGUUUGUUCCGCAUGGCUUCCAACUUGAUGAAAUCACCAACCGGGAGUUCAUGGUUCGAGUAGUGGCACCGGUCAGGCCUGAGCAGCCAUCACAGGAGAAUGCAGCAUGGGAGCUUUGGCCUGCACCACAGCAGCAGCAGCAAGCUCAGGCUCAGGGAGGCAACCCUGGGCCAAAUCUGAAUCUGAAUCUGAACCUUGAGCCACAGCAGGAGGAGGUGAUGGACCAGCCAGAUGACAUCAACCAGGAUGAAUUGGUUGGAUCAGGUGAAGAUGCCUUCCCUCAAGAUAAUGGUUUCCCUGAAAAUGAAGAGAAUCAUGAGCAAGCAGUUGAGAUGCAGGAAGACCAUAUAAUACCAGAAAAACAUGGAGUACAGGAGCAGCCUGCAAUACCAGAGAAACAUGAUCACCAACACCUGAAUGUGCAGGUACAACAGAAUCAUCAGGAUCAGCACUUAAUGAUUCCGGUACAGCAGCAUAAUGCAGUUGGGCAGCCAGUGAUGCUGCCAGAUCUGAACAAUGAGGCUCUGCAGCAAGAAGGCAUGGAAAUUGAUCUGAAUAUGCCAGCGAAUCAGCAAGGUGAAGGCCAAGAGUUUGAUCAGCAGGAAGUCAUAUUCAACCCCGCACAGCCAGUUAAUGACUUCAUUAAGCUGAAUGAUUUUGGGGAUGCCAAUAUGAUUGAGGAGGAAAUUCAAAUUCAACAGCCAGUACUGCCGCAACACCCUGAUGAGGAUCAUCUGAUGGCUCUUUCUGAUGAACUGCAUCAAAUCCUACCUCUCCCUGUCAUCCCAGACCUCUUAGGGGAGAAAAUUGGUUUAGAUCAGUUGAUGGGUACAGAUGAUUUAGAAGAAAACCAAGAUGAAGAAGAGAAUGGAAAUCAUGCUGGGGCAGAAGAGCCAGAAGAGAACCCUGCUGUAGCAGAUGGCCUUGGGCUUCCUGAGAAUCUGGACGUAGAUCAGCAGCAGUUGCCAGAGCAUGGGAAAGAACUCAAUGAGCAGCAACUGCAAGUUGGAAUGGCACUGAUGCCAAAUCUGCAGUUUGACCCAGUUUUCAUGGAAAGAGAAGUCAGGCAAAGGGCAUUGGAAUCCUCCAAGCUAUGGGAAGCUUUUUUUGGCCAAGGUAAUCCUGGAAGGCUCACUGUCACAGUCCCCACUAAUUGGUUUUAUUUCUUCUCAUCACUGUUGUUAUCUCCAGACAACUUUGGAUGGGCCAAAGAUUUCCUGACUUCCAAAGCUCCUGAGUACUUGGCAGAAAACUCUGAUAAUGUAUCACUGCUUAUCCCCACGGAAUAUCCCAGCAAUGCUAGUUCACCUUGCUUUGCUGAGACAUCUUCUACAAACCCUGCAGUAAUGAGCAUGGAGGGGAAACAAACUGUGCACAUUGAGGAGAUAACUGACAAUCAAGUCCUGGACUCAUCCCCUUCAAAUGGGGGUACAAAGAAGAGAAAAUCCUCUAGAAGGACAACUCCUCUGUUGGAAACUCAGGUUCUGUCUUUACUUCCUUCAUAUGAAGGGAAAUCUGUACUGGAGCUGGGAGCAGGAAUAGGUCGCUUUACUGGUGAACUGGCUAAAACAUCUGGGCAUGUUUUUGCAGUGGAUUUCAUUGAAAGUGUGAUUAAAAAGUUACUGAGAUUUACACUUUCCCCUGAUAAUGAAAAUAUAAACGGUCACUACGACAACACAUCCUUUAUGUGUGCUGAUGUUACAUCCCCAGACCUGAUGAUUGAAGCAAACUCCAUUGAUAUGAUAUUUUCAAACUGGUUGCUGAUGUAUCUUUCAGAUGAGGAGAUAUGUUGGCUAUGGCAAAAAGUAAAUUCAUCAGAAGAUGGGGGUUUUCAAAGUUUUUUGGACAAUGUGCAGUACAAAGCCACUGGAAUAUUGCGCUACGAACGUAUCUUUGGAGAUGGUUACGUGAGCACUGGUGGAGCUGAGACUACUAAAGAAUUUGUGGAUAAACUGAAUCUUAAGCCUGGGCAGAAGGUGCUUGAUGUUGGAUGUGGAAUUGGGGGAGGUGACUUUUAUAUGGCUGAGAAGUAUGGUACCCAUGUUGUUGGUAUUGACCUUUCCAUUAACAUGAUAUUGUUUGCCCUUGAGCGUUCCAUUGGGCGUAAGUGCCCAGUUGAGUUUGAAGUCGCUGAUUGCACCACGAAGACAUACCCAGACCACAUGUUUGAUGUCAUCUACAGCCGUGACACUAUCAUUCAUAUACAAGAUAAACCCUCCUUGUUCAAAAGUUUCUUCAAAUGGCUAAAACCUGGGGGAAAAGUCCUAAUCAGUGACUACUGCAAGAGUCCUGGGAAACCAUCAGAAGUGUUUGCAGCAUACAUUAAGCAGAGGGGUUAUGAUCUCCAUGAUGUGGAGGCUUAUGGACAGAUGCUCAAGAAUGCUGGUUUCAGUCAUGUCAUUGCUGAAGACCGAACUGACCAGUUCCUCAGUGUUUUACAGAAGGAGCUAGAUAAAUUUGAGAAGAACAAAGAUGAUUUCCUGUCUGAGUUUGCCAGGAGGAUUACGAUGAUAUCGUGA